ACCAAAGUCAUACUUCACAUUCCACUUAUACUGUCAAACCUCCGAGAAAUAUUACGGAAAACAACAAGGCGCCAAAUUAUAACAAAGUAACUCAAAUUGAACAGUAGCCCUCAGUAAGUAAACGGAGGUAAAAGGCACAAUAAAGAGUUUGUACCUGGAUCCUACUCUUUUGGCCUCGUCCCUCAGAGGAAUAAUCUGCACUUAUAUCUACAGGAACAACGAAACAAACCGCAGCAAUUUGGAGGAAAGCUACACGACUUCAGACUGUUCUCAAAGUCUCUUUCAGGUGUUUUGACUGUGGGGCUCAGGGUCGGGCCCAGGGGGAGCCGCCACCAUUGCGUCCAACGAGUGGAGUGCUAACGGCAGCCCUGAGGAUGGGCUGGACGGGGACAAUGAUGACAAGACCAUGGACGGAGACGCAGAGGGCGUGUGGAGUCCCGACAUCGAGCAGAGCUUCCAGGAGGCACUGGCUAUAUACCCCCCCUGUGGACGCAGGAAGAUCAUCCUGUCAGACGAGGGCAAGAUGUACGGUCGUAAUGAAUUGAUUGCAAGGUACAUUAAACUGAGGACUGGCAAAACGCGCACAAGAAAACAGGUGUCUAGUCACAUACAGGUGUUAGCGCGGAAGAAAGUUCGUGAAUACCAGGCGGGUAUAAAGGCGAUGAAUUUGGACCAGGCAUCUAAAGACAAAGCCUUGCAGAAUAUGGCUGCACUAUCGUCUGCACAGAUUGUCUCACCAAGUAUAGUGAAAAACCUGCCACCACUACCACCUGCCCCAUACCAACCAUUUUGGCGUGCCCCCAUCCCAGGACAGCCCGGCCCUUCUCAGGAGCUGGUUCUAGAUCUCCCGGGAAGGACUCCUGGGUUUGCCCGCACCAGCCAUGCUAUCAAACCCUUUGCACAGCCCCCGUACACCACCCUACCAGGUCCAGUACAGUCCUUACAAACCGGUUACGAGCCCUUAGCUCCUCCCCCUGCCCCUACGGCCACUGCAGUCCCAGUGUGGCAGGACCGGACCAUUGCCUCCUCAAAGCUGCGCAUGCUGGAGUACUCAGCCUUUAUGGAAGUACAAAGAGACCCAGACACUUAUAGCAAACAUCUGUUUGUCCAUAUAGGACAGACCAACCCCUCCUACAGCGACCCACUGUUAGAAGCUGUCGACAUCCGGCAAAUCUAUGAUAAGUUCCCUGAAAAGAAGGGCGGGCUUAAAGAGCUUUAUGAAAAGGGCCCACAGAAUGCCUUCUUCCUGGUGAAAUUCUGGGCUGACUUGAAUAGCAGUGGCAUGCAAGAUGGCCCUGGUUCUUUCUAUGGUGUCAGCAGCCAGUACAGCAGCAAUGAAAACAUGACAAUUACAGUUUCCACUAAAGUCUGCUCAUUUGGGAAGCAGGUUGUGGAGAAAGUAGAGACAGAAUAUGCACGAGUGGAAGGUGGAAAAUGUGUUUAUAGGAUCCAUCGCUCUCCCAUGUGCGAGUACAUGAUCAACUUUAUCCACAAACUCAAACACUUGCCUGAAAAGUAUAUGAUGAACAGUGUUCUCGAAAACUUCACUAUCCUUCAGGUAGUGACAAAUCGAGACACUCAGGAGACACUGCUCUGCAUAGCUUUUGUUUUUGAGGUUUCUACGAGUGAACAUGGAGCUCAGUAUCAUGUCUACAGACUUGUCAAAGACUGAGGGCUGUUUGCCUGAGAAAGCGUGAUGCAACAUCCCUUGGAUUUGUAAUAUUAUGUCACCAUCACCUGGACUCAUACAAUAAAUACAAGUGAACAUUGGCAAAGUGACAAGCAAGUUAUUUAAGAACUAUUUUCAGUGUUUCCAACUUGUUUUUACAAGGCAUUAAAUGAUGUUUGAUAGCAGAAAGUAAAAGAAGGUCUAUAUAAUUGGAAGAAAUAAAAGACAUGUACAUCAUAUGUAAGAUGUGUGGAAGUGGAAAACCAGAGCCAAGUUGUUGCAGUAAGUUAUAGAAGAAUGUGCCCAUUUUCCAAAGAUAUGAUCACCGGCCACUUUGGAUUGCCUUCUUACUACCUCUUAUUUUAUAAAUGAACGAAAAAGUUUUUAUGUCAAAAUUAAAUUGGAAAAACUCUCAUUACUUUGGGAGUGCAGAGGGAUAACUAAUUUUCAAUUGUAGCCUGUUUUUAAAGGUUCACUUUACUUUUUUACUCUGUAGAGGGCGUGUAUUGUGUAAUGUAUAAAUUUGAAUCUGCUUUUCUAUGUUUUAUAACACAUUUUCAGAAAUUUCAGGUCUUACAAGCAUCUAUCUAUUACUGACUUUUGACAGUUGGGAUGUCUUGUACUCUUGCCAUCCUGACAUAAUGCCAAGAUCUUGCAAUAUUGUGAGGUUCUCUGUUUUGAAGACGUGCUUGGCGGCACUUAAGUAAUCUACAAAAGGGGUGAAGCAACAGCAGUGCUUAUUUCUACCUUGAGAUAUGUAGCCUUACUGAAACAGAUGAGUGUUUGUACUGUGAGCCAGCCAAUGCUAAAGGAGUAUGUUACAUAGGAGUACUUCUGGGGACUUGUGUUGUUAUUGUGUUCAUGUAACUCAGCACAGAGACCAUAGUUUUAACUGCCAGCAGACCGUCAAUGUUUCUUUUGUUUAAAAAAGAAAUUUUACACUGUGAAGUUGGCUUAUUUGCUUCUCUAAUAUUUAAUUAUUUUACACUUAUCAUUUUCAUCAUAAAUCUAUUUUUAUCCAAACAAUAAUCCUAAAAUCAAUUGAAGACAUGUUAAACAAGAGCUAUUGUCUCUGUGCUGUGGAGUAUGACCAUUGAUUGUAAUUUAUAGGCUUGGAAAUUGGAAAGUGGGAGGGAAGAUUUGUGUUGAUGAUUUCCAUUGCAAUGCGGAAGUAAAGCAGGACUCGCAGUUAAGACAGAAUAGAUGUCUUCCAAUAGAGCCUGCUGGACGCAUAUAUGUACUUUAUGCGGUUCACUGGACAUGUUGCUAUUGCAAAUCUUAAGGUAUUAGAUAUGAUAUGGUGUAUUUGCACCUUUUGAUUGUCAUAUUUCACAAACAAAAUACAAUAACACUCUUCCAGGUUAUCUUUCGUUUAUGUUUUAUACAGACAUUUUUGCCAUUACUACGAUUGUUUUUGAUUCUGACAUUUAUGGACUUUCAGUGUUCGCCAUAUGCUUCACUGAAAAUAAUGUGUGAUUGUGAUAAUUAAUGAGAUAUCUAAUGUAUUAUAUUCUGAAUGGUGUGGGCGUUUUUAUUUUUUGUUUGUUUGUGUUGAAUUAAUGUGGUUUACUAGCCUUUGUCUUUGUUACCAUUGUGCAUUGCAAUUUUAUACUUUGUUUGUAUCAAAGUAGAGGUUGGACUAUGUAAUCAAUCAAAUGUAUCUAACAAUAAAAGACGCAUGGUGCCUUUGGGUCCCUAUCCCCAGACAACUCA